AAAUGGUUCUCCUCCUGGAAGAUUGAUUGGCUCAAUAGAACAUGAUCAGUCUAAUGCUAGGUCAGAUCUCUAUGCAUUACACGUGCUUCGUUGGCUAUCCUGCGAAAGAAACAAAUGGCGUUACAAUAAGUUUGUAUUGACUGAUAUGGAGCCAGCUGACUCAAGUGCAGUUGAAACUGAAGGAAAAGACCGAGCAUCCUUCUACACUAAUGCAGCAGAGUAUUGGUCGUCAGUUCCUCCUACUAUUGAUGGGGUGCUGGGGGGGUUCGGCUUUGUUUCUCGAACUGACAUACAAGGAUCAGUGUCUUUCCUGAAAAAAUUAUUCAAGUUACAGAAUCCCCCAGGUCAUGAACGGGCUUUAGACUGUGGAGCUGGGAUUGGAAGAAUAACAAAACAUCUUCUUCUCCACUUCUUUGAUGAAGUUGAUUUGGUUGAACAAAAUUCAACCUUCCUAGAAGAAGCAAAACAUUUCAUUGGAACAUGCCAAAAAGUUGGGAAUUUGUACUGUGUUGGUCUUCAGGAUUUCUCACCAAAACAAAAUACAUAUGAUAUAAUAUGGUGCCAGUGGGUUUUGGGGCAUCUUACAGAUGAAGAUCUAGUAGAUUUCUUCAAGUCAUGCAAGCAGGGCUUAAAACCAAAUGGUAUUUUAGUCGUAAAGGAAAACCUAGCAUCAUCUGAUGAAGUUGACAUCCAUGAGGAAGAUUCAUCUGUGACUCGACCAAUUUCCCUUCUCCGAACACUGUUCAGGAAGGCAGGACUGCGUUGCAUUAAAGAGCAGAAACAGAAGAACCUUCCAAGAGGCUUAUAUACAGUAAAAAUGUUUGCUCUCGUACCUGAUAUCAAAGUUUCUAAUAGCAGUGUUGGUAGUUUUACUACUCAGCCAUCAGUUACAUAUAGUGAUAAUGGAGAGACAUAAUCAGUGAAUUAAGGGAUAAUGAAAAAUCAUCUGCUGUGUCAUACAUAUUCGUGUUGUCACAACUACUUAUCUUGAAGGAAAAUGGAUAGCCAACCUGUUUUGGGUUGCUUUACCAGAAGUAAGUAUGAGAUUGAACAUGUGAGCAUCAGGUUUAUAGUAAAUUUUACAAGCAUGCAACGCUGUACACCUGUUCCAGUGCUUGUUGAUUACAUGAAAUGCUGAUGAGACAUGGGUUAACUAUCACUUUAUGUAUAUUGGAAAGGAAUGAGUAUAAACUAAUUUAUAGUAUUAUGUUUUUAAAUAAAAAUAAUAAAUAUUUACUACACAAUAA